AAAAUUAUACGAUUUUCGUUCUUCAAAUUCGAUAUAUUUUAUCUACUUACUUUUUGCUAUUUCUAAGGGUUUGCUUGUGUGCUACUUCUGUGCUAUUUUGUGUUGUAAACUGCUACAUUUUGUAGCUUCGUUGGUAAUGGCACGUCUCUAUGAUCCCCAAGCCAUACAGUUCUCGCGCGAGGGCCGCCUCCACCAGGUGGAAUACGCCAUGGAGGCUGUCUACGCUUCCCACAUAUGCCUGGGUAUUGUAGCCACAGAUGGCGUUUUGCUGGCCGCAGAAUGCAGCAAUCAUCGACUGAUCGGCUGGCCAUCGGAAAAGAUGUUUCGCCUGACCAAAAGUGUGGCUUGCACCUGGACGGGCCGCAGUGCCGAUGCCACGAAGCUGAUUGAUGAGAUGCGCAUUUCAGCUCAACGCCACAGAUUCAACUUUGGCGAGACGCGUCCCUGCGAGGGAGUCGUGGCCGAUGUGUGCACCAUCAAGCAGUCGUACACGCAGUGGGGCGGCAGACGACCCUUUGGCGUUUCCCUUCUGUUCAUGGGCUGGGACGACAUCUACGGCUAUCAGCUGUACAAUUCCGAUCCCAGUGGCAACUACAGUGGCUGGAAGGCCACUGCCACUGGGCAGCACUUUAGCGUUGCCAACUCCCUGCUGGAGGAGGAGCUGGAUCCCAAAGUAUCCAUUAAUCUGGAGCAGGCCAAGGAUUUGGCCAUUAAGGUACUGGAUCGCAGUCUGGGCACCACCAAUCUGAUUCCAAACAAGCUGGAGAUGUCCAGCUUGCAGCGCAUCAACCAUAGCUGCAUCUACAAUAUUUUGGAGAUUUCAGAAAUGGAGAAGCUGAUCGAAAAGUAUAAGAAAGGGCAGGCAGCAGCCGAAGGGGAUGCAAACUAGGGGAUGCAGAAACACAUACACUACAGAUACACCAUAGAAUAUACUAAGUGCUAUAUUUGUUUAAGGUAUUACAAGAAAGGAAAUCUAGCAAUUGCAAUGAAAAAACAUAAUUUUAAUCUCAAUCAAAAAACAUACCCCUAUAUAAAAUAUUAUUUUAAUGUGACGUUUAUGG